ACGAGCGAGCGAACGAUCGGCCCGAAGACCUACCGUCUGACUGAUCCAAGCAGCAGCCCUCUCACGGGAAACACUCCUACAAACGAUCGCACACUUACACACAAACAGAUUAUAGGAAGCACGGCAAAAGUUUCGUUUUCACCAGUCGGGUGUUGGAUGCUGCGGCAAGUGACCGACCGACCGAUCUAUCGAGCUAUCGAGUUGACAAAAUUGCAAGAUGUCACAUUGGGUCGUGCAGGAUGAAUGGUACCAUGGAAGCCGGCUCCUGCAACCCCUCGCUGAUGCGGCCGGAGUGCAGGUGGACAAGCUCAAUUACGUAGUGGCGGGUUUCUCUUGUAUCCUCAUCGGUAGCAUCUACAGGACAGCUCUCCAUCCGAGUAAAGUGACGCCACUCGCGAGGAAACUCUUCACGUUUCUUGUUGGAGUCCUGGUUCUCUAUUUUUGUUUCGGGGGUGAUGUGAUACACUUGUUUGUGCAAACGACGGUCGCUUACUUACUGAUAGUUUUCUGUCCGAUCGAGCCUCUGCCGAGAUUUUCGCUCUACUUCUGUUUGGGAUACCAGAGUAUCCUACACGGAUAUCGCAUGUACUACGACUACCAAGGAUACACGCUUGACAUCACCGGUGCACUCAUGAUGCUGACCCAGAGGCUCACCAGCCUAGCGUUCAGCUUCCGGGACGGAGUCUUGUCGCAGAACUGCAAACCCUACAUGCUCAAAGACGCGAUUAAAAAACGACCCGACGUCUUCACGUAUUUCACUUACGCUUUCGACUUCCAUAUGGUGCUCUGUGGUCCCCUGAUCCCUUUCAAAGAGGUCGAAGCGGUUACCUACGGAACGAUUUUCGACGAACGCAAGGCUGCUUUCAACAAAAACGCUGCCAGCGGUGGCAGCAACGGCAGCGGCAUCGCUGAUAGCGCUCAUUCGGGUGCCAAGAACAGGGAAGCUCUUGAAGAACCCGAUCCGACGCCCUACGUAUUCAAACGCACAAUUUAUUCGGUGCUCAGCAUUUUGGUUGUCGUCUUCGUCGUUCCCCUAUUCCCCAUAGAGUUCCUUUUCUCCGAGGAAUUCAAAGCUCUGGCCCUGCCCACGAAAGUCUUCUGGUUCUUCGUCUACACCGCUCUGACGAGACAGCAGUACUACCUGAUCUGGAAAAUGGCGGAAGCCAUCUGUAACUCGUCGCACUUCGGAUACAGAUACGUUAACGGCGCCGACGAUUGGAGUGGUUGUACGAACAUCAGGAUCUGGGAUGUCGAGACAGCGCUUUCUCAGAGAGACGGUCUAGCCGCGUGGAACACCUCGACCCAGCGAUGGCUCCGGAGUAUUUGUUACGAUCGGGUGGAAACGAGCAAAACCCUCAUGACGUUCUUCCUGUCGGCCGCCUGGCACGGCUUCUACCCUGGAUACUACCUGACUUUCAUGACGUUGGCCGUACAAACGCUCGCGGCGCGAAAUGUGCGACGUUACGUGCGACCCCACUUCCAGGGUUCGACGCGAAUGAAGAAGCUCUAUGACGCGAUGACGUUUUUGACUACCGUGUGGGGAUUCGCCUACGCCACUCUCCCAUUCAUUUUGUUAAGCUUCAGUAAAGCUUUCACCAUGUGGAGCCACGUUUACUUCUACGGACACGUGUUCAGCGCGUUCUGCAUUUUCGCACUACCGAGGAUUCUUCCGAAACCCGCGGCUGAGACGAGCUCCGAGUCGCUCAGCACGUCAAGCAAAGUCUCCAAAACGGUGAAGCAGGGCUGAAAGUGCUCCGUUUCUGCGAAGUCUGCAGACCCAUGAGUCUAGGAUCGAAGCUUGUGAUCCAGAGACCGAGGGUCGCUCAUCGAGAGGAGCUCCGGCUCGCGCACUAGAAUUUAUCAUCGACACCAUCAUUGUUUAAGGGGAAUUCUCCCUUGUCUGUGGAGACUCGGGGAUGCUCCUUUCAUCUGCUGACAUAUCAUGGUUGGUUUUUUCUCGACGUGUUUUGACGGUUGCACAGAGUGCCGUGUCGGUAGUCUUGCGUCGCGUAAGACGAAAUGUACACACAGUUCCCUAAAGUAAGGUGGCUCAUUCGUUGUCGAGUCGCAUGAAUUUGGAGAAAUGAAUUUAAGGGCGUUCGGGAGGACGCGUUUUCUCGUGCGGGUACGAGACUGGGGAGAUAUUUGGUGGAAGUUUUUGUUGACGAAUAAAUAGAGUCGAAGCUCU